AUGGGCUACACACACUACUACACCGUCGACAACACCUCGAGCCGCGAAUGGCGAACCGCCUGGCCCCAACUCGUCGUGGAUGCUCAAAAAAUCAUCGACAACUCCAGCGUGCCUAUUGUCGGUCCCGACUUCGACGAGCCUGGCCCGCCAAUCAUCGACGUACAGCAGGGAAUACACCUCAACGGAGUCGGAGACGACGGAUACGAGCCUCUCUGCUUGGAUCGACACGGCAACGCCGGAUUUUCUUUCAUCAAGACGGCUUAUAAGCCAUAUGAUGAGGUGGUUGCGUGUAUCCUGCUCAGGGCGGCGGUGCUGGCUCCGAACUGCGUUAGCUUGAGCUCGGAUGGUGAUUGGGAGCAUGAUUGGGCUGUGCCUCGCCAGUUAUACAAGGAUUUGUGGGGAGAGGAUGUUGAGUGUCCUUGGAGUGAGACUGAGGUUGCGGAUGAUUGA